CUUCUCAACUCUUUGCGUACUUUAUUGUGCUAAAGCUUUAAUCAGUAGUCAAUUACAGAGGAACGCGAACAGUUGCUACGGUAUAAAGCUUUUUCUUUUGACAUAUAUAUAUACAUACAUAUAUUUAGAAAUAUGCGCUUUGUGAUUUUUUUGCUCAUCGGCUAUAUUUCUUUAGUAAUAAACGCUGAUGAAGGAUCACGAUGUGACAACGGUGAAUACAUUGAUGAUCUGGAUUGGUGUAAUGGAUCUGUGCAGUGUUUAGAUAGAUCGGAUGAGCUAAAUUGUAAGGAGACAGAAUGCACAGAUUCAGAUUUUAAAUGUUACUAUGGAGCUUGUGUACCGUUGGAAAACAAAUGCGAUAAAAAAUUCGAUUGCAUGGAUGGCAGUGAUGAAUCGUAUGAACAUUGUAAACACACGCUUUGUGGAGCCAAUAAGUUCCAGUGUGGACAUGGCGGAUGUGUAGAUUUAAACAAAAAGUGUGAUGGCAAGUUCGAUUGUCCCGACCAAACAGACGAGAAUCCACAACUGUGUGAAGAUGCCUAAAUGCCAACAAUUAAACCCUUCCUAAACUAUAUUUGGAACCUAUCUUGAAAGUGAGGACCGAAAGUGAAUAUCCAACAAAAUAAACGAACAUUUUCCUUCACCAGUGAUUAUUUUAGUUCCAAUUUAUUCAAAUAUAUUUGUGAAAAGCCUUAA